GCUUCCUGAGCGCUGCUGGGCAAAGAGGCCCUACGGCUGCAGCUCAGGCGGGGAUGUCGACUGAAGCGGUUCCCCUCGACACCUUUGAGCGAGCACCUCCACCCGGCGGUGCCACUGGCUCCACCUUGGCCUAUCCCCCAGGUCGACCGGAGGAUGACGAUGAACGCCGGCGGCGGCAACAAGAACUGGCCGGGGAUGAGGAGCUGGCUCGGCAACUUGCUGCCCAGCUGCGAUUGACUUCCCCUGCGGAAACAACGCCGGACAUAGGUUUUACGGCAGAGGACGACAGACGACUGCCACGAGUAGGUGACCGGAGUCCAUACAGAAAUGAUAUGGAUGGUGGUGACAGAGUAGCCAGUGUUGAGUACCACGCCAUGGACUCGGACACUGAAGAUGCCUUCUAUACUGAACCACCUCGAGCAACAGGAUAUCACCACAUCCUGUGCAAUGUCUUGGUCAACUUCUUUCGGGCGGGUGCUGGUUGGGGCUCCGCGCCACAGAGCGUGCCCUUUAGCCGGUGAAGCCCCGAAAGCGCGGCGCGGCGCGAGUGAUGCGCGUGUGCCUCCACUAUGCCUCCACUAUGCAGAUCUAUGCAGAUCAGUGGCCUUGGUUCUUGAAG